CUUGCACAUGUUGACGCUUGCAAUGGGCAGUUGAAGGGGAGAGAAAGAAAGAGGCAACGAGAGAAGGCGAGUUGUGAACCCAGACUGGUGAAGCGGGCACCGGGGCACCACUCAUUGAAGGAAUUUUUAAAAGAAAAUAUAUGCGCCUGAUUGUAAACGAUUACCUGCAGUUGAAAAGUAUUGUAUCCGCCAUUGGGGGCAGGUCCUUGUUGUUUUGGUGUCUUCUGUUCAAGUGAUGCAGUCAUCAGGCAGUACUUCCUCCCAACCCUCCCACGAUUCGCUGAGCUCGAGUGACAGCUUCCUGUUCAGCGACGGCGACCACACGGAGGACGAGGGCAGCGUCUUUCUGUCGGAGAGCGAGAGCAGAGGAAGGCCCAGAGGGGCCUCGUACUGCUUGGACAGAGGGAGCUCCAGCAGCCCCUCCUCGCAAUGGGCCUUAGACGGUUUCGGAGACCAGGAGCGGUCCUCCCUGCUCACGAGCGGUCGGGUCGAACGCUGCCCCAGCAACGCCUCCUACUCCGCCCUGGUGACAUCGUCCAACGGGGCAAAGGACCAGGAGGGAGGGAGAAGGUCUCAGACAGAGGGGGAUUACCUCUUUGCUCAGAAGUGUGUGGAGCUGCAGGGGUUUGUGAGGCCUCUGCUGGACCUUCUGAACGGGCUUAAAAAGGGGAGAUUCGACAGAGGUCUGAGCAGUUUCCAGCAAAGUGUUGCCAUGGACAGAAUCCAAAGGAUUGUGGGGGUUCUUCAGAAGCCUACCAUUGGAGGGAAGCACCUGCACACCCUGCUACAAGUGGAGAUGAUGCUGAAGCUGUGGUUCCCCCAGAUCUCCCCCUGCGCCCCCUCGGGCAGCGGACACUCCGCGCCUCCACACAAGCACAGAGACCAGCUGCACAUCCCCGUCAAGAAACGCAGGCUGAGCUGGUCGGACAUCGACUCCCCGCCCCCGCCGCCCCGGCGCGGUGGACGCUCCGACCGAGGGGGGCAGGAAGAAGGUGGCGCGGGGGGAGAGGAGGGGUCAGGCCCCGCCCGGCCUGCCUUCUCCGGGGGUGCGGAAUUGGGACGACCCGCGGGAGAGGGCCCAGGCCACGCGGGAGGAGAGCGGGAGAAGCCGGAGCACAAAGUCACGCGCUGGUCUGAGCUGAGCACCGCCUGGGUCCACGCCAGCCCCGUCGUCGGCCCCCCGAAAUCAUGCCCUUCUCAAAAGAGCGGAGGCUCCAGCAGCAGUCCAGCCACGCAGGACAGCUCCGUCUCCUCCACCACACCUUCCUCUGAUCCCCGCCGGCUCCGCCUCCCGCAGUGCCAGCCAGUGGCGUGCCAGAGCCAGCCUGUUGCCACAGAGACAGAGGAUUGUGAGGCUGGGCAGGGGCGGAGCCAGUCCCUUCCACCCGCGUUGAAGCCGUCGAGUGGGGUGGAGAGAGUGAGAAUGCACAGUGCCACACAGACUUGAUGUUGAAAACACAGCGUUCUUAUAGAAGCUGUGCGUUUACAUUUGGAAGGUUUGAUUAUUAUAAAUGCACUCAUUUAUAGAGCACGGGGAGGGGGGGGGCGUUUCGGUGAUGAAGCAUUUCUGGUGCACAUUUUUAUGAGUGUAUUUGACUUCUAUGGGAUAUUGUAGCUUUCAAAUUCAGAGGACCACAAUAGGAGCAUCAACUGUGAGAAAUUAUUUAGAUUCCUCACAUCAUCUAAACGAGCAAUAUUGCAACAAAAAAAAAAUCCUCUCCCAAAUUUCACAACUGCAUAUAGAAUAAA